CGGGGGUGUCAGGAGCUGGGACGUUCGGGGGCAGGUGGCACUUUGAGUCAUUUGUAAACGUGUGGAGUGGGCAAACCGGGACAACUGACAGAGAAGAGCAUGUGUAACCUGAAACAGAUGAGCCAGGGAGCGCGAUGAGCAGCACCUGAAGCAACUGUGCAGUGAUUCUGGGUCUUCAAGGUGAGGGAAAACCAUUCUGGCUUCUAGUCCAUAUGCCAAGGGUGUGACCUGUGAACUCUCUUCUAGGCUACAUGACUCCCUGAAGGAUCAGAACAAUGUUAUGUUGGGGAUAUUGGUCUCUGGGCCAACCUGGGAUCAGCACCAACCUGCAAGGGAUUGUGGCUGAGCCACAGGUGUGUGGAUUCAUAUCCGAUAGAAGCGUCAAGGAAGUGGCCUGUGGAGGAAACCACUCCGUAUUCCUUCUGGAGGAUGGGGAAGUUUACACCUGCGGUUUGAACACCAAGGGGCAGCUGGGCCACGAGAGGGAAGGAAAUAAGCCAGAGCAAAUUGGAGCUUUGGCAGAUCAGCACAUUGUCCAUGUGGCAUGUGGCGAGUCGCACAGCCUGGCCCUCAGUGACCGGGGCCAGCUGUUUUCUUGGGGUGCAGGGAGUGAUGGUCAACUAGGACUCAUGACUACUGAGGAUUCGGUGGCAGUGCCCAGGUUAAUACAAAAGCUGAACCAGCAGACGAUAUUACAAGUUUCCUGUGGCAACUGGCAUUGCUUGGCUCUUGCAGCUGGUAAUAUAACAUUGAAAUAUGGUCAGUUCUUCACAUGGGGAAAGAACAGCCAUGGGCAGCUGGGCCUGGGGAAGGAGUUCCCCUCCCAAGCCAGCCCGCAGCGGGUGAGGUCCCUGGAGGGCAUCCCCCUGGCUCAGGUGGCUGCAGGAGGAGCUCACAGCUUUGCCUUGUCUCUCUCAGGAGCAGUUUUUGGCUGGGGGAUGAAUAAUGCAGGGCAGCUAGGGCUCAGUGAUGAAGAAGAUCGAGAGUCUCCUUGCCACGUGAAACUCUUACGAACACAAAAAGUCGUCUAUAUUAGUUGUGGAGAAGAACACACAGCAGUCCUCACAAAGAGUGGAGGUGUGUUUACCUUUGGUGCGGGUUCCUGUGGGCAACUUGGACAUGAUUCCAUGAAUGAUGAGGUUAAUCCAAGAAGAGUUCUGGAGCUGAUGGGCAGUGAAGUAACUCAGAUUGCUUGUGGCAGACAACACACCCUAGCCUUCGUGCCUUCUUCUGGACUCAUCUAUGCAUUUGGUUGUGGAGCAAGAGGUCAAUUAGGAACGGGACACACUUGUAACGUUAAAUGCCCAUCCCCUGUGAAAGGUUACUGGGCCGCUCAUAGUGGCCAGCUUUCAGCCAGAGCCGAUCGCUUUAAAUAUCAUAUUGUUAAGCAGAUAUUCUCUGGAGGAGACCAAACUUUUGUACUUUGCUCCAAAUAUGAGAAUUCUUCCCCUGCUGUUGACUUCAGGACGAUGAACCAAGCACAUUACACCAGUUUAAUAAAUGAUGAAACCAUAGCAGUUUGGAGACAAAAACUCUCAGAACACAGCAAUGCAAAUACAAUCAAUGGUGUUGUUCAGAUCUUAUCUUCUGCAGCCUGUUGGAAUGGAAGUUUUCUUGAAAAAAAAAUUGAUGAACAUUUUAAAACAAGUCCCAAAAUCCCUGGGAUUGACCUGAAUUCAACGAGAGUGUUAUUUGAGAAGUUAAUGAGCUCUCAACACUCCAUGAUUCUAGAACAGAUCUUGAACAGCUUUGAGAGUUGCCUGAUUCCUCAGUUGUCCAGUUCACCACCAGAUGUCGAAGCCAUGAGAAUCUAUUUAAUACUUCCCGAAUUCCCACUGCUCCAGGAUUCCAAGUAUUACAUAACGUUGACUAUUCCCCUGGCCAUGGCCAUUCUGCGGCUGGAUACAAACCCCAGCAAAGUAUUAGAUAACUGGUGGUCUCAGGUAUGCCCAAAAUAUUUCAUGAAGCUGGUAAACCUCUAUAAAGGUGCAGUCGUUUAUCUACUGAGAGGAAGAAAGACAUUCUUAAUUCCUGUACUGUUUAACAAUUAUAUUACAGCAGCUCUCAAGCUCCUGGAGAAGUUAUAUAAGGUAAAUCUCAAAGUGAAGCAUGUGGAAUAUGAUACAUUUUACAUUCCUGAGAUUUCCAGUCUUGUGGACAUUCAGGAAGACUACCUCAUGUGGUUCUUGCAUCAAGCAGGCAUGAUUCAUCACCAACAUUUCCCUGUAGUGUUUUUGGAGAAGGCUAGACCAUCUAUAAUACAGGAUACUGUCACACUUUGUUCCUACCCUUUCAUCUUUGAUGCCCAAGCCAAGACCAAAAUGUUACAGACCGAUGCUGAACUACAGAUGCAGGUGGCGGUCAAUGGAGCUAACCUGCAGAAUGUCUUCAUGCUUCUCACCUUGGAGCCUCUGCUGGCCAGAAGCCCCUUCCUGGUCCUUCACGUUCGCAGGAAUAAUCUUGUUGGAGAUGCCCUAAGAGAGCUGAGCAUUCAUUCUGAUAUUGAUUUGAAAAAGCCUCUCAAAGUAAUCUUUGAUGGUGAAGAAGCAGUGGAUGCUGGUGGUGUCACAAAGGAGUUCUUUCUUUUACUGUUAAAAGAACUUUUGAAUCCUAUCUACGGAAUGUUUACCUACUAUCAGGAUUCAAAUCUCUUGUGGUUUUCAGAUACGUGUUUUGUAGAGCACAACUGGUUUCACUUGAUUGGCAUAACCUGUGGACUAGCCAUCUACAACUCCACUGUGGUCGAUCUCCACUUCCCGUUGGCUCUCUAUAAGAAAUUACUGAACGUGAAGCCUGGCUUGGAAGACCUGAAGGAGCUCUCACCCACUGAAGGAAGGAGUCUUCAAGAACUUUUAGAUUACACUGGCGAAGAUAUUGAGGAUACUUUCUGCCUCAAUUUCACGAUUUGUCGAGAGAGCUAUGGAGUGAUUGAACAGAAGAAGCUGAUACCUGGGGGGGACAAAGUAACUGUGCGCAAGGAUAACAGGCAGGAGUUCGUGGAUGCUUACGUGAAUUACGUCUUCCAGAUCUCAGUUCACGAAUGGUAUACCGCCUUCUCCAGUGGCUUCCUAAAGGUGUGUGGUGGCAAGGUGCUUGAGCUCUUCCAGCCUUCCGAACUGCGGGCUAUGAUGGUGGGGAACAGCAACUACAACUGGCAGGAACUGGAAGAGACUGCCAUCUACAAGGGUGAUUACUCAGCCACACAUCCCACUGUGAAACUAUUUUGGGAAACAUUUCAUGAGUUUCCAUUGGAAAAGAAGAAGAAGUUUCUCUUGUUCCUGACGGGCAGCGACCGCAUUCCCAUCUACGGCAUGGCGAGCCUGCAGAUCGUCAUCCAGUCCACGACCAGCGGGGAGGAGUACCUGCCCGUGGCCCACACUUGUUACAACCUUCUCGAUCUCCCCAAAUACAGCAGCAAAGAGAUCCUGAGCACUCGGCUGACCCAGGCCCUUGACAACUAUGAAGGGUUUAGUUUAGCUUGAGGCGCCCCAGCGUGCCCCAGAUUUCCCUCCCUUCCUCAGUGUCCACAUGGAGGCCCAUACAGAAAACCAUGGGGAAGGGAGUUCUAUUUUUUUAUUGUCUAAGUGGGUUGGGACUUUUGAAUCCUGAACCUGGUUGAUGUGUUUCUGGGCUUGUGAGCAGUAGGCAACCUUUUUGAAAAAUUAGGGGUUGGGGACGGGGGUGAAAAAUUGGCAUUUUUGUUUUUAAACCAAAUUACCUAGUAGUGUUCCUGGCACUUGUGAAUAUGUUGCACUCUGCUGGAGAAAAUGGCAGUGGGUUUUUAACCUCUCAUUUCCCAAAUGUCUCUCUCAACCUUGCUGUUUGCUCACAGUGCUUCCUGUCCUCCUCAUUCCUCUGCAAGAAUGAUUUUGACUGAUGCGUCCUUGCUUACGUGCACGUGCGGGACGGCUCCUCUCUCUGCAGACUUGGACAUGCUCCUGGCUUGUUGCAGCCCUACUCUAAGGACUGAGGAGGCAAGGACUACUUUAGAAAGUCCCAGGUCUAGCAAGCUGAAUCUCGGUCCAUUAUUUUGGCUGAACUCUGGAGAAUUAAGGGGGGCCUUUAUGAACACAUCUUGCUUUAAAAAGAAGUUGUCGAGGGACUAGCAAUCUCCCCUUGGCUCUGCCUAUUCCUGGACCUACUUAAAGAUGUGCAGAGCAGCUUAGCAUUGCAGCUGAGCCGAAUUUUGUUUUGUUGUUCAGCCAAGUCCCUUCGACAAUAAGGUGAGGUGAUAGACCCCCACUCCUUCGGUUAUCUCGCUUUUGGAGCAAGUUGCAUUAAUUUUUUUAAGAGUGUCUUCUCCAAGGAAAGUAGAAAUAAUAAAUUUCUUGUCCUCUUUCCCUAUCAAUUUAUGCCCUCUGCCUCUUUCUCUUUCCUUCCUCUCCUUCCCUUUCUCUCUUACUCACUUCAUCCCAUUGUUACCUGAUUUAAUGCUCCCUUCCUCUUCUAGUGGAUGCAUGCAGUCUAUUUUUUUAAUUUCUAUUUAAAUUGCAAAGUUUCUAUUUUUUUUUUCCUUUUCCCUAAUUGCUAACACUUAAGGACAUUCUUUACUAUGGGACUUUUGUUUAUUGCAUUUGAAAUGUUUGUUUACAGUGGGAUUUCAGGGGGGAUUGUGUUUAGAGCAAAUAUAUGUAUCAAAAAUAACGACAUGCUCAACCUUCUUCAUCAUGGGAUAAGAAAAUUCUACAUGAUCAAAGAAUCCAUGUCAGCCUAAUUUUAAAUUCCUAGUUAGUCACUAGAGGAAAGACUUAUUUAUAUAAAAUGAAGUAUUUAUGAACCGUGAUACAGCAUCAGAUCUCAAUGAAGGAUGUAGAUUUUUGCUUUUUUUUUUGUUUUUAAAACUUAUUUCAAUUGCUAAAUUGGUAGUUUUUUCAGUCUUUAUAAUACAAGAUUAAAAAAGAUAUACAGUUAUAUGAAAUGUUUAUUUUCUAUGUGUGUGCAUAUAGUUCAAUAUAAUGCAAUAAAUUUGGUGUUUUAACUUAAAACUA